AUGGAUGAUUGGCUUUAUGAAGUUGGUAGGUUAUUAUUUAUAUUCUCUAUUUUUAGUUGGUCAAGGGAAAAAUCAAGUUUCUCCAGUUUGGAAAAAUGUUUUGGUAACAGUCGACGUUUUUUACGAUACGUUAUGUUAUACUCCAGCUUUUUUGUAUUUUGAAAUAGUAUGAAGUAGUGUUCUAGUAUUUUAUAAAUCAACAUCUCGACCUACUUAAAGUAAUAUUCAAUUUUUCAGACGAAGACGUGUUGAAUGGGACUGAUGUUGAUGUGGAAGAUGAGGAACCAACUACGAGCGAGGAAAAACCGGCAAUAAAAAAGCAGGAGAAGGAUGAGGAUUUGGGCCAGAUGAGUUUGAAGUUGAUGUCUGAGAAUUCAUUGAUACCUGAUAUUCAUUCGAAAAGUGAGAGUAAAUCCCAAACCUUGGUUCAAAAUGAUAUGUCUAAAGAUGAGAAGAAGGCGUUUUUGAAGAACUUUCACGCUUUGUUGGUUAAUGCAAAGGCCGAGAUCAAUCGGUUGAGGAAAAAGAAUGUCACACUCGAACAAAAGUAAGAUUUUUUAUAUUAUUUGUUGAAAUUUAGGUUGAAAUUUGUAUGUAAGUUAUUAAGAAGAAAAAAUUGGGUUUUCGAGCAGUUAGGAAAAAGCUGUUUACUUUUUAAAAAGAUUCUAAAAAUGAAUAUUUUAGGUUAUCUGGUUACCUCAUGGUGAAAUGUCCGAGCUGUUCUCAUAGCUUUACUGCGUACGAACAACGCAUUCUGCCAAGUUAUGUGAAGGUUCUCAAAGGUGCUUGUAAAAUUGAAUUGGAUUUUAAAAAUGGAGAACAGCUGAAAGAGUUUUUAAACGUUUCAAACCUGGAUACAGAUGUCAAUGGUAUACCCACCAUUCCGGAUUCGGACAAGAAGGACAAAACGUUAAAAGAUGUUGGCAGUUUAAUACGAACUGAGAUGAAUGGAAGCCGUGGGACACAAAAAUUGACACCUGACAAGAGAAGUAGCCGUUUGAUCACUUAUAAUGAACCUGAGCAUCGAUCAAGAUCCAGAACAAGAGAUUCAGAUCAACAUUCAAAAGAAAGUGGCAAAGGAAGUGGACGCAGUGAUAGGGAUAAGAAGAAGGAUAAAGAAGAUGAUCAUAAGUAUCGAGAAUCGGAUAAGAAACGUCGCGCUGUCUCGCCUAGGCGUCGAUCACGGUCAAGAACAAGGGAUUCUGGUCGUUAUACAAAGGAUAAUGCUAAAGGAAGUGAACGUAAUGAUAAGGAAUCGAGGCAGAGGAAAGAAGAAGAUCACAGAUCCAGAGAAUCUGACUAUAAACGGAACAGAUCUAGAGAACCAGAUAAGGCUACUGAUAAGGAUUCGAAGAAGAGCAAAGACAAUGACCACAAGUCCAAGGAAUCAGAUAAGGAGUUGAAGCAGGGUAACGAUAGCCACAAGCUUAGAGAAUCUGAUAAGAAAAGUGAUAAGGAGGUAGAUGAAAAUAAAGAUGAUAUCCAUAGAUCUGGGAAGUUAGAAAGAGAAUCGAAGCAGAGUAAAGAAGAUGACUAUAAGUCCAGAGAAUCCGAAAAGAAAAGUGAUAAAGACUUGAAGCAGAGCAAAGAAGGUGACCAUAAGUCUAGAGAACCUGACUAUAAACGGCACAGAGAACCAGAGAAGGCAUCUGAUAAGGAUUCGAAGGAUGGCCAUAAGUCCAGAGGAUCAGAUAGGGAUUCGAAGCAUGGUAACGAUGGCUAUAAGUCCAGAGAAACCGAGAAGAAAAGCCACAGAGCUAGAGAAUCAUAUGUUGACAGUAAUAAGGACCCGCUUGGCAAAGAAGGCGGAUAUAGAGUCAGAGAUUCAGAUAAGGCUACUGAUAAGGAUUUGAAGAAGAACAAAGAAGAUGGCCAUAGGACUAGUGAAUCAGAGAAGAAAAGUGAUAAAGACCUAAAGCAGGAGCACAAACUUACAGAAUCUGAUAAGAAAAGUGAUAAAGAAAAGCAGGGCAAAGACGACGGCCACAGAUCGAGAGAAUCAGAUAAGAAACGUCGCAUUGACUUCGACGAUCGCCAUCGAGAUCAAAAAAAGUCAAAAAGGUAA